AUGGACAGCGACGCUGCCGAGAAGACGCGCGUCGAGGCGCUGCUGCUCGAGGCGCUGGACGCCACGGGCGCGAUCGCCGACACGUACGACUUUGCGCAAGCCAACAACCUGUCGCACGAGCUCGUGGUGGGCGUCGUGAAGUCGCUGCUCGUCGACGCGUUCGUGGCCGACACGGCGCGCGCGACGUCGUUUUACGUGCUGAAACCCGAAGCCACGCGAUGUUUGGCCCAGGGGGCGCCUGAAAUUCAGGUGUACCACGCGAUUCCAGUGCACGACGGCCGCGACCGCGCGGCCGUCGAGGCAGCGGUGGGGGCAGCGACGUUCAAAGUGGGGCUGGCCGUGUGUAUGAAGCACAAGUGGAUCCGCUUGGACAAGAGCUCGGGCAGGCUCUACCGCAACGUUGAAGCGGUGCAGGACGACGUGGUGGCGCUCUUGCGCCGGGUCGAAGCGGCCAAUGGCGCUGUGUCGGCUAUCAGCAAAGACGAGGCGGCCGUGCUCAAGCGGCGCCAAUUGGCCGACCUGCGCACGCGCAAGUCGUACGCGCUGACUCGAGGCGCGCAGUUUGCCGUGCAGCGCACAAAACAGGCUGCUGGACUGACGAGAGACAUGCUGGACGGAGAGGCGUGGAAGAAGGCGACGUUCAAGCCUUACAAUUUCAAGACCAUGGGCCUGAAUGUUGGUGGUGGCCACUUGCAUCCGCUGAUGAAGGUCCGUGCCGAGUUUCGUCGCGUGCUCAUGGACAUGGGGUUCCAGGAGAUGCCGACGAACCGCUACGUGGAAAGCAGCUUCUGGAACUUUGACUCGCUCUUCCAGCCACAGUCGCACCCUGCGCGUGAUGCCCAUGACACGUUCUUCCUCGCUCAGCCCAAGCACUGUUUGACGGUGCCAGAAGACUACUACCAGCGUGUCCACGACAUGCACGAGAACGGCGGCUAUGGCUCUAUCGGUCACGGCCGCGGUGCUUUCAAGCGUGAGACGUCGAUGACGAACAUUUUGCGCACACACACGACGGCUAUCUCGGCGCAGAUGUUGUACAAGCUAGCGAGCCAGCCUGGUGGCUUUACCCCCCAGAAGUACUUUUCCAUUGAUCGCGUGUUUCGCAACGAGAGCAUGGACGCGACUCACUUGGCUGAGUUUCACCAGGUCGAGGGCGUCGUGGCCGACUACGACCUCUCGCUCGGCGACCUCAUCGGUAUCAUCAAGGCCUUCUUCAUGAAGAUCGGCAUAACGCAGAUGCGUUUCAAGCCGGCGUAUAACCCGUACACCGAGCCCAGCAUGGAGAUCUUUGCUUUCCACCCGGACUUGAAGAAGUGGACUGAGAUUGGCAACUCGGGUGUGUUCCGCCCCGAGAUGUUGCGUCCCAUGGGCCUGCCCGAGAACGUGCGUGUGAUCGCCUGGGGUCUGUCGCUGGAGCGUCCGACGAUGAUCAAGUACCGACUGAACAACAUCCGCGAUCUCUUUGGCCACAAGAUUGACCUCGAGCAGACCCGGUCGGCCAAACUUUACCGCUACUAA